AGUUCUGGGCAAAGUCCUGGGAACGGGUGGCGCUAUCUCAGCGCCAGCGAGCCCGCUCGGCGAAGGGACCCCAGCGCAAAGCAGUCAGUGCGCGGCGCGGGCUCCGGCCCCAGUGUCGGCCAGCAAGUGGCCGUCCCCGCCCUAGUCUCCUGCAGCUGGUGAGGGAACUGACAGCUACACGUUGCGGGGGGACCGGAGAAAUCGCGUUUGUCCUCUCCCGGGUCUGUGGACGAACCUCGGAGCCCGGCACCGGGGAAGUAGGCGGCGUUCCCGGUUGCAGAGCGCGCAGAACCUACGUUUCUUUGCGGAAGGAGGAGUAAGAAGCACUGCAGGACUCGCUGUUUGGCGCCCUCCCCCACCCCCUUUCCUGAUUUGUGUGAGAGACGUGGCCAGUGACCGUGAACACGGUGGUUGGAACGGUGAGAGGGAUGUUGGUCUAAAUACUUCCCUUGGAGCAGAAAUAGCCAGUUCUGGAGGCUGAGAAGUCCGAGAUCAAGGGGCAGCGAAGCCAUUGUCUGGGAUUUCAUCUAGAUCAUCCAAAAUGCUUUCAGAACGUACUGGAUAAGAGCUGAGCCCCCCGCCUGUUUGGGACUGCCGUACCCUCUGCUCCACUGUCUUCUGAUGGCAUAUUGACUGCGUUGAGGCUGCAUGACCCGCCUGCUCAAGAUGAGUGAUGAGAAGAACCUUGGGGUGUCCCAAAAACUGGUCUCCCCUUCAAGGAGCCCAAGCAGCUGCUCCUCCAAGCAGGGAAGUCGGCAGGACAGCUGGGAAGUGGUAGAAGGACUGAGGGGAGAGGUGAAUUACACCCAGGAGCCACCAAUCCAGAAGGGGUUCUUGCUGAAGAAGCGGAAAUGGCCCCUGAAAGGCUGGCACAAGAGAUUCUUCUAUCUGGACAAAGGAAUCUUGAAAUAUGCCAAGAGCCAAACUGAUAUAGAGAGAGAGAAGCUGCAUGGCUGCAUUGACGUUGGGCUCUCGGUGAUGUCUGUGAAGAAGUCAUCAAAAUGCAUAGAUCUGGACACCGAGGAGCACAUCUACCACCUGAAGGUAAAGUCAGUAGACGUCUUUGAUGAGUGGGUAUCCAGACUCCGCCACCACAGGAUGUAUCGUCAGAAUGAAAUCGCUAUGUUUCCCCAUGAAGUUAAUCACUUUUUCCCGGGAUCCACCGUCACAGACUCUGUGGAUGGGGCCUUUGACUCCAUUUCAAGUAGGAAGCGUAGCAGUAUAUCAAAGCAGAACUCGCUCCAAGCUGGAAGCAAUUUAUCAUAUCUUUGUGGCGGCGAGACACGAGUUCCUUUAUGGUUGCAGUCUUCAGAGGACAUGGAACAAUGCUCAAAAGACCUGGCACACUGCCAUUCCUGCCUGGUGGAAAUGAGCCAGCUCCUCCAAAGCAUGGACGUCCUGCACCGGACGUAUUCGGCGCCCGCCAUCAACGCCAUCCAGGGUGGAGCUUUUGAAAGUCCCAAAAAGGAGAAAAGAUCACACAGGAGGUGGCGGUCCCGAGCUAUUGGCAAAGAUGCUAAAGGAACACUACAGGUCCCUAAGCCCUUCUCUGGCCCACAAAGACUGCAUUCUUCCAACCCUAAUUUGUCAACACUAGAUUUUGGAGAAGAGAAAAAUUAUUCUGAUGGUUCUGAAACCUCCUCUGAGUUUUCUAAAAUGCAGGAAGAUCUGUGUCGUAUUGCCCAUAAAGUUUACUGCACUUUACGGUCAGCUUUUAAUACCAUAUCAGCGGAGAGAGAGAAACUGAAGCAGCUGAUGGAGCAGGAUGUCUCGUCCCCGUCUGCCCAGGUCAUUGGUCUGAAGCGCGCCCUGUCGUCCGCCCUAGCACAAAACACAGAUCUUAAAGAACGCUUACGCAGAAUCCAUGCUGAGUCUCUGCUCCUCGACCCCCCAGCUGCUGCCAGGUCGGCGGACAGUCUGGCAGAGGAAAACUCCACAGAUGACAACCGACCUCUGGUCCAUCAGCUUUCCAACGAGAGCCGACUCUCCAUCGCUGACUCCCUGUCAGAGUUCUUUGACGCACAGGAAGUUCUGUUAUCUCCAAGCUCUUCAGAAAAUGAGGUUUCUGAGGAUGACUCAUAUGCCAGCGACAUAAGCGAUAACCUUUCCUUGGACAACCUCAGUAAUGACUUAGAUAAUGAGAGACAAACUGUGGGGCUGGUUCUUGAAAGUGGUGGGGAAGCCAAGUCCAAAAGAAGAACUUGCUUGCCGGCGCCCUGCCCCAACACCAGCAACAUCAGCUUGUGGAACAUUCUGAGAAAUAACAUAGGGAAGGACCUGUCCAAAGUGGCCAUGCCGGUGGAGCUGAAUGAGCCACUGAACACGCUGCAGAGGCUCUGCGAGGAGCUGGAGUACAGCGAGCUCCUGGACAAGGCCGCGCAGGCUCCCGACGCCCUGGAGAGGAUGGUGUAUGUGGCAGCCUUCGCCGUGUCGGCCUACGCGUCCAGCUACUUCCGAGCUGGGAGCAAACCCUUCAACCCGGUUCUUGGAGAAACGUACGAGUGUGUUCGAGAGGACAAGGGCUUCCAGUUUUUUUCAGAACAGGUCAGCCACCAUCCACCUAUCUCGGCAUGUCACGCGGAGUCGGGAAAUUUUGUUUUCUGGCAAGACAUGAGAUGGAAAAACAAAUUCUGGGGCAAAUCCCUGGAAAUUGUUCCCAUUGGCACAACCCACGUGACUCUGCCCGCUUUCGGAGAUCACUUUGAAUGGAACAAAGUCACCUCUUGCAUCCAUAACAUCUUGAGCGGGCAGAGGUGGAUCGAGCACUAUGGAGAGAUUGUCAUCAAGAACCGGAAUAAUGAUUCCUGCCACUGCAAAGUGAAUUUUACAAAGGCGAAGUACUGGAGCACGAACGCCUGUGAGAUUGAAGGUACGGUGUUUGACAAGAGUGGAAAAGCCGUGCGUCGGCUCUUCGGGAAGUGGCACGAAAGCAUCUACUGCGGCGGCGCUUCCUCUUCCUCCUGUAUCUGGAGAGCGAAUCCCAUGCCAAAAGGCUACGAGCAAUAUUACGGCUUCACACAGUUUGCACUAGAGUUAAAUGAAAUUGAUCCAUUGUUGAAGACUUUAUUACCACCUACUGACACUCGAUUUAGGCCAGACCAAAGGUUUCUAGAAGAGGGGAAGUUAGAAGAAGCUGAAAUACAAAAGCAGAGGAUUGAACAGCUACAGAGAGACAGGCGGCGGGUCUUACAAGAAAAUAACAUGGAACACCAGCCGCGGUUUUUCAGGAAAUCGGAUGAUGAUUCCUGGGUGAGCAACGGCACCUACUUGGAACUCAGGAAGGAUCUUGGUUUUUCCCAAGUGGACCAUCCUGUCUUGUGGUGAAAAACAGAAGCAGAGCGAUACACUCUUGUACUUCUCCUGUGUCAGCUUUCCGAAGCUACAAACCUGUGUCUAUAUAUAUAGAAAAUAUUAUCUAGAUUGAUCACUUGUGCUUAGCUUGGCGUUGUAAGUAUUCAGGCACUAUAUAUUUUCUUCAGUAGGGUUCUUUACAAUUUCAAAUGUUAUGGUUGUUUAU